ACACACACACACACACACACACACACCACUACAAAACUGCUAUUAUCCAUUUAGCUUUCCAUUCCAUCGCUGGUCUCUCUCUGGCUCCCAGAUUGAAAGUGUACCAGUGACAGACGCAAACACACUGAAGAACAUUAUGAGCUUCUAUUCAGACUACAACUUUCAUGAGAAUUACCAUGACCAUGACCAUUACAAUGAUAGCUCAAACCACAGCUACUAUGAUGAGGACUUUGAAGACUACUACACUGUGUGUGACAAAUCGGAUGUCCGCUCUUUUGCUGGUCUCUUCCUCCCAGUGGUCUAUAGCCUAGCACUUGUGGUAGGCCUGGCUGGAAACUCCAUGGUUGUAUUUGUCUAUCUAUCCCAGAAGUGCCUACGGACAUUAACAGAUGUCCUCAUCCUUAACCUGGCCUUUGCGGACCUCCUCCUCCUCUUCACACUCCCGUUCUGGGUGGCAGAUGCUGUAAACGGCUGGGAGAUUGGUGUGGUGGCCUGCAAGAUAACCUCAGCCCUCUACACCACCAACUUCAGUUGUAGUAUGCUUCUGCUAGCCUUAAUUAGCAUGGAUCGAUACCGAGCUCUUGCCCAGAGCUCCAGCAAUUAUGCCAGACCACCUGGAAACAAACCAAGGAGACAGAUGCUGCUACUGUCCCUCCUGGUCUGGAUUGCAGCCUUCGUGUUCGGCUUGCCAGAUUUUUUCCUCACCACCGUCAAGCAGCACUCCUCUGGACACAAAUCCUGCAGGGCAGUGUACCCACAUAGUAUGGCAAAAGCAGCAAAAGCCAGCUUGGAAGUUCUAGAGGUGUCACUGAGCUUCCUGCUACCCUUCCUUGUGAUGAUGUUCUGCUAUUACCGCGUGGGAAAAACCCUGAGUCAGGCAGCAACAACUGGAAUGAGAGAAGUACGGAAGUGGAAGGCCUUCCGGGUCCUGAUAGCUGUUGUGGGGGUGUUUCUGUUGACACAGUUGCCAUAUAACAUUGUCAGGAUUAUACGAACCCUAGACAUCAUCUACGCUUUGGUGACAAACUGUGAGGUCAGUAAAGGACUGGAUCGGGCCACUCAAGUCACAGAGAGCUUGGCACUCACACACUGUUGUCUAAACCCUGUUCUAUACGUCUUCAUUGGCUCAUCCUUCAAGGUGCACAUGCUAAAGCUUGCUAAGCGAUGUGGACAGACUGGGAGGCACCGUGAUCAGCAAAACAGGCAACCUGCAAUGGAAAUUGCACUAAAAUCACGGACCCGCACAAACAGCAAUGCAUACUCAGAAUCAGACGAGGAACAUACAAGUACUUUUUCUAUCUAGCGCACAGACCUGAUGACCAGGGACCAAAGACUGCAUUAUAUAUAAUGCAAAUAUGCUACAUUAAAAGCAUUUAAAUAAUGGAAAGACCAGUUCUCCUAUUUAAAAUUUGUUAUAGAUACUAAACUGAGAGCACUGCUGACCCAGAUUUACAUUGUGCUUUUCAGAUUCUAAUUAAUACAAGAGUAAAGGUAAGUUUUUUCUCUAAACUUUGAUAGACAUCAAUAUUCAUAAUUAUAAACCCAUUCUGAAUAUAAUAUAUUAUAUGGCUUUGGGGAAAAAUCAGUACAUUAUUCAGACUUGAGCAGAUGGGUCAGAUCAGAAGUGGAGCACAACUUCCUCUUUUUUGUUGAUCUUUAUAUAAUUACAAUAUAAUAUUAUAAUGAGUUGAGUUCCUGCAUUGUGACCAUGAACACAUGUGGCUCUGUAGACGUAUGUUACUUGACAAUUUUAGGAAUUAAAUGGGUCAGGGUCUGAUACAAUUUCCAUAGUACUGGCUGGUUAAGCUGGUUUUCAUGAUUGCAGCUUCUAGUAAGCAGUUCGCAGUGGCACAGCUGCUAAUUUUAUUAUGCCCUCCUGUACUUUGUUCUCCUCUGCUGUUAUAUAUUAAUUUCUGCUUAUUUUCAUGAAAGGUGUCAAUAAGUCACCGAAGGGCACUGUUUACAAAAUCUCCAACCAACAAACCCAGCCUGCAACAAAAAUCUGUUUGACUUGCGAUAUCCAUCUGUUAAGUUUGAAAUAGCCAUCUUGUGAGUUAUAGUUUCCUUAGUGUUUAGUGGAAAUAAAGCUGGUUCUAGUUUCUCAUUGUUAAACAGAAAUAGUGACAAAUGCAUACAUGUGGUGCGAGUGAGUCAGACUCGGAAAGAAAAUUAGCAAAGAAAAAAGCAGCUAAUUUUUUUAAUGUAGUGGCAUCUGUGUUUACUGUGUGAACUCAUACGUGUGAUCAUACAUGCUUCAUUUAAUUCUUUACACUAAAAGAAGGAUAUUUACUAUGAGUCAACAAAUACACUCUUAUAGCCAAUGCCUACAUUUUCUGAAAUAGGAAUGUAAAACAUCUUAGUAGAAAAGUGAUAUAGCAGGGAAAGUUGUUUUUUUUUGCAUAUGAUCAAAAUAUUAAAAAUCAGAAUUAUUUGCAUUUUGGUUAGUGGAGUUCAAAAAGUCAUUCUGCUGUGGACAGCAGUAAAACAAUAGGGACAUUGCCAGAAAUAGUCUAAAGAGAAUAUUUAGAAGAGAACAUAAUAGAGUAUGAAGGCUUGCUCCCGGUAAGAGGGUGAUACAUAUGUCUUGGCCUCACACAUUACAGGGUGAGGACUAACAGAUAUCAAAACAUUAACUAGAAAAUCCAGACUUGUGUGUGUGUGUGUGUGUGUGUGUGUGUGUGUGUGUGUGUGUGAGAGAGAGAGAGAGAGAAAUAUAAAAAAAAAUGGCUAAUUAAUUUUGCACUAGUACACAUAACCUGUCCAAAAUAGUUCAGUGAAAUUUCAUAGUAUGAAUGACUCUUCUUCAGUUUUAUUAUUUCUAUUAAAAAAUGUCAUGCUUUAACUGUGUUCUUGUGUGUGUGUUAGGGGGGGGUUAUGGGGAAGCUGUAAAGAGGACUGGACUAAGUCUAUUUUUAGUAUCUUACAUAUUGUCUUUUUACUAGUCAUUGUUGUCUGUCAUUAUAUUGUGUUUCUGUAUAUUUGCAUCAAAGAAAAAGUAAUUUCCGACUUGGCCUUCCUACAAAAUAACAAUAAUUUAUUAUUAACUUUAUACACCAAAGUAAGAAAGCUAAACCUAACUUUCAAUGUUAGUUAACUACCACUCUAAAUGGUGCUUUGGUCCCUCUGCAGAACCCUUGCUGGUUCUCUGUAGAAUCCUAAAAAGAGCACUUCCUUUUCUAAAAGGGUUCAUUUAGAAAGCUAGAACCAACAAAAGAAGGACUGAAGAACACUAUAUUAAAAACCUGUAUAGCUUUACACCUUUAAGUGUGUAUCACUUUAGUUAUCAUUCUAUACUGUUAAAAACAAGAAACUCUUGAGUCGUCUCCUGUUAAAAGCGCUAUAUUUUUGGACUCCUGCUUUUACACAUUGAUUCUUACUGCGUGCAACAACCUCUCUAUAAUCUUCAUUUCAUCCCAUCACGCACAUGCUUUCUCUUUGAACCACUUAAGACUGCACUGUUAUAUCUGAAACCCAAUUACAUCUUGUUUCCAGGCUUAAGGAUCAGUGGACAUGUGAAACCACACUAAAGACUUCAUUAUAGGGCCACUUGGAUGGCGUGAUAAAGAACACUGGAAGGGUUUGGAAGUGACUGCAUACAAAAAGGAGGUAAGGGAGGAUACUGUUGGACCCUGAAGAGUUUAAAGGCAAGAACGUGGGAAAAGGAUGACAAAACAGCUCAAAAGUUUUUAGGUGAGCAAAAUUAUUGGUACACAUAGCCUUAAAGUAAAUAACACUUAGUAUUUGGUUGCAUAUCCCUUGCUUGCAAUAACUGCAUCAAGCCGGCGACCAACUGACAUCACCAUAUUGUUGUAUUCUGCUUUUCCAGGUUUGUACUGCAGCAUCCUUCAGUUGUUGUUUGUUUUGGGGGAUUUCUCCCUUUAGUUUGCUCUUCCAGUUUUUGAAGUCCUUUGUUGUGUUGGCAGUGAGUUUUGGGUCAUUGUCUUGCUGCAUGAUGAAGUCCCUCCCACUGGAUGCAUUUCUCUGUAAAUUGGCAGACAGAAUAUUUCUGUAGACUUCUGAAUUCAUUCUGCUGCUACCAUCAUGAGUUACAUCAUCAAUAAUGAUUAGUGAGCCUGUUCUAAAAGCAGCCAUGCAAGCCCAAGCCAUGAAACUACGUCCACCAUUCUUGACCGAUGAGCUGGUAUGUUUUGGAUCAUGAGCAGAUCCUUUCUUUCUCCACACUUUGGCCUUUCCAUCACUUUGGUAGAGGUUGGUUCCAGAAAUUUUUGUGGCUCAUCUCUGUAUUUCUUUGUGAAUUCCAAUCUGGCCUUCCAAUUCUUACUGCUGAUGAGUGGUUUGCAUCUUGCGGUAUGGCCUCUAUAUUUCUGAUCUCGAAGUCUUCUUCGAAAAGUGAAUCGAUACCUUCACCCCUAGCCCUGUGGAGGUUGUUGGUGACUGACUGUUGUUUUGGGGUUUUUCUUCACAGCUCUCUCCGGUCAUUAUGUUGGUUUAUCCUUUUUAACAACAAAUUCAGUCUUCAAGUUGUUUAACACAUCUAGAUGUAAAUAUCAGGAAAUGAAAGCUGAAAUUCUGAUCUAUUGUCUCAUAUUCAUCUUUUGAUCUCAAACCCAAAUGUCUUCAAUGUAUAGCAAAAAAAUAUAUUUCAAUAUUUUCUGAGGUGCUCCCACAACUCCCAUCUUCAGUUGCUGCAUGUUUGAGGGUCUUUCUGCCUUUAAUUUUGUCUUCAGUAAGUGAAAAACAUGCUCAAAUGGGUUGAGGUCAGGUGACCGACUCAGCCAUUUAAGAACUUUCCAGUUCUGUGCCUUAAGAACCUCUUGGGUUGCUUUUGCUGCAUGUUUUGGGUCAUUAUCCAUCUGUACUGUGAAGUGCCGUCCUAUCAGUUUUGCAGCAUUUGACUGAAUCUGAGCAGAAAAUAUAGCACUAUACACUUUAGAAUUUAUCCUACUACUUCUAUCAGUGAUCCAGUUCCAGUACACUUCCUCUGUAAUGUUUGACAGAUGAUUUGGUAUGUUUUGGAUCAUGGGCCCUUCCUUUCUUUCUUCAUACUCUUCUCAUCCCAUCAUUCUGGUGUAAGUUAAUCUUGGUUUCAUCUGUCCAAAAAAUCUUGUUCCAGAACUGGGCAGGCAUUUUUAGAGUUCUUUAGAAAACUUUUUUAGUUUUCUAGCAAGUCUUAUCAGGUCCUUUCUGUUCAGGAGUGUUACCAGUGGUUUGUAUCUUGAGGUACUUGAGCUGUAUUUACAUUCAAUGAGGUGUUCUUGACUGUAGACUUAGACAAUGAUACGCCUGCCUCCUCGAAAGUGUUCUUGACUUGGCUAGAUGUUGUGAAGGUUUUUUUUUUUUUUUCUUCACUAAGGAAAGAAUUCUGCAGUCAUUCACUUUAGUUGUCUUCCAUGGUCUUUCAGGCCUUUUGGUGUUGCUGAGCUUGCCAGUGCAGUACUUUUUUUAAGAAUGUACCAAAUUGUUGAUUUGGCCACUCUUAAAGUUUCCGCUAACUCUCUAAUAGGUCUGGUUUGUUUUCUCAGCCUAAUGAUGGCCUCCUUCACUUGCAUCGACACCUCUUUGGACUGCAUAUUGAGAGUUUCCAUGAACAGCUAACAAAUGCAAAUUCAUCACCUGGAAUCAACUCCAGACCUUUUGUCUCCUUAAUUUGUCAUAAAAUAACGAGGAAACAAGCCACAUCUGGCCAUGAAACUACUUAUCAGUCAAUUGUCCAAUUACUUUUGAGCCUGUGGAAAUAGAGGGACUAUGUAAAAAGUAGCUGUAAUUCCUAAACAGUUAAUACAAUGUUUUUGUUAAACCCCUUGAAUUAAAGCUGAAAGUCUACACACAAUCACAUCUUGAUUGCUUCCUUUCAUAUCCAUUGUGGAGGUGUACAGAAGCAAAAUUAUGAAAAUUGUAUCAGUGUCCAAAUACGUAUUGGCCUGAUUGUAGUUCUUCUCCUGUCAAAUGACUUCUUUACAUGUAUCCAUCUAUUAAUAAGCUUUACUGAUAAACAGCUCCCUCCAAACUCACACACAAACACAAACACACACACACACACACACACACACACAAACACACAAAUACAGAAACAUUUUAUUAUUAUUUAUUUUAAAGCAGAAAUCCAGGAAUCCUGGAAUUUCAUACCUCGUAAAGAGUAUGGUAAAUGCUAAGAACCUCCUUUCCACAAAAACAGACACUGGCAGUUAUUUCCAGCUGAUUAGCAAAGAAUUCAAGGAAAAUACCAUUUCAACAAACAACUCCUUCACAUUUACAGGA